AGCGCCGCGGCUCCACCCUGCUAGCCGGUGCGGGGCAGGCCCUGAGGUGCGAGGAAGCGGGGCGCACUAAAGCCCGCGGCCGCGGGGACUACGGAGGGCCCAUCCUCAGGCGUCCUCGGAGCCGGUGAAACCCUGCGGCAUGCCCACAGGUUCUAGAGAGCCCUGCCCCGACCACUGCAAAACACCAAAGCUUUGCUCUGCUUCCUAUAUUGAUUCCCCAGCAGGCGCCAGCUUUCUCAGACCUCCAAGCUCUCCCAUGAAGGGUACUGCCCUCCCCCCACCCGACUGCCCUGAUGACCUCAAAGUCCACGUCACAGAAGAUAUUGAGGCCAUUAAACACACACCGUUUCUCCAGACCCAUCUCAACAGCCAGGAGGGUCCGGGCCUUUCAACAUUACAGCAGAAGGGAUAGGCCUUUGAACAUUACACCAGCUCCCAAGAACCUGGCAGAAAGGACAUUUCAGUACGUUCCAGGAUGAAGUGAACUGGCUAAACGGCUGACAAUAACAAGCGAGUAUUCUGAAGUCUCAGGAAGCUGGCCUGUUUAAAUGUUCGUGACCCAUGAGAAGGGCAUGUAAGAAGCCAUGGCGCUCCCCUUUCAAAAAGAGCUGGAGAAAUACAAGAACAUUGAUGAAGAUGAGCUUCUUGGCAAACUCUCAGAAGAGGAACUGAAACAGCUGGAAAAUGUUCUUGAUGACCUAGAUCCCAAGAGUGCACUGCUACCAGCUGGAUUCCGACAGAAAGACCAGACCCAGAAAGCAGCCACUGGCCCGUUCGAUCGCGAACACCUCCUCAUGUACCUGGAGAAGGAAGCUUUGGAACAGAAGGACAGGGAAGACUUUGUGCCCUUCACUGGAGAAAAGAAAGGGAGAGUCUUCAUCCCCAAAGAAAAGCCCAUAGAAACUCGUAAAGAAGAAAAAGUGACCCUUGACCCAGAACUGGAAGAAGCUUUGGCCAGCGCCUCCGACACUGAGCUCUAUGAUCUUGCAGCUGUUCUCGGAGUACACAAUUUACUCAACAAUCCAAAGUUUGAUGAAGAAAUGGCCAGCACGAAAGGUGGCAAAGUGCCUGUGAGAAAUGUUGUCAAAGGUGAGAAGGUCAAGCCAAUAUUUGAGGAACCACCCAAUCCUACCAAUGUGGAAGUAAGUCUACAGCAGAUGAAAGCCAAUGAUCCCAGCCUGCAAGAAGUCAACCUCAACAACAUUAAGAACAUUCCAAUACCAACCCUGAAGGAAUUUGCAAAAGCUCUGGAAACCAACACUCACAUAAAGAAGUUCAGCCUGGCUGCAACCCGUAGCAAUGACCCUGUGGCGAUUGCUUUUGCAGAUAUGCUGAAAGUAAACAAGACCUUGAAAAGCCUCAACAUCGAAUCCAAUUUUAUCACUGGGUCCGGGAUCCUGGCCCUGGUGGAGGCACUGAGAGAGAAUGACACCCUGACGGAGAUCAAGAUCGACAACCAGAGACAGCAGCUGGGAACUGCUGUGGAGAUGGAAAUUGCCCAGAUGCUUGAGGAGAAUUCAAGGAUCCUCAAGUUUGGAUAUCAGUUUACCAAGCAAGGGCCUCGCACAAGGGUGGCAGCCGCCAUCACAAAGAAUAAUGACCUAGUUCGUAAAAAGCGAGUUGAAGGAGACCGAAGGUAGACUUCUGCAAGACGAGGCUGAGUUGCACCAUGAUGGCCACUUAGAAAUAAGCAAGCGAAAACCCUUCUCCUUCCCCAUCAGGACCAUUUUAUUCAAGGGUGUGCAUUUCCGUUAACCACCUGGCUAAUAAUUUAAUUGUUGUUCUUUUUUA